AUGAGAGUCGCCGAGAUUCUCUCCGAUUUCCGGACCUUGCAGUACUACAUCGCGGCGGCGCCUACGGACCCGGCCAACAUGGAAGACUACUACACUGAGGGUUGGGCGGCCUUGCGGCAAUGCGCUCUUGACGGACAGCAUGUUCUCAAUUGUGCGGCCGACACCAGUGUUCCGCAGGUUAGCGGCGGGCCGCUUGAGCAAGAAAAGGCGGAGUUGAAACAAUGCCUGCUCGAUUCCUUCGCCAGAAGACACGAGUGUCAAAAAAUCUACUUGCGCCAGGCUGCUGCGCAGCGAUGGAUCAGCAACCGGGACGGUGUUCUGCAGGGCGGGAGACCGAAUUCGAGGAAUGGAUCUCACGAGCUCUCGACGAUCACCGACGACGCAAUCUACAAUGAGUUGCAGGCAUCUGACCGCUCCAUGGGCCGCUGGACGGCCGAGGACCCCAGCUCACGAAGUGUGCAGCGCUGGCUCCGCGCACGACGACCAACAGCGUGA